AUGAAAGAAGCCACAUUGAAUACACCACCGACAUAUCCUACCGAUUUACUACAUUACUUCCAAUGGCUCGUCGGACAACUCAACAGUGCCAUGGCCGUGCGAAACUUCGAAGAUGCAGUCAUAUACGCAUCUGCUGCGGUGGAUCAUAUGUCUCACCAGCAAUUUGUUGUCUUUAACGACAUCCGCGCAUACGCUUAUGCCAAACAAGGGCUCUCGACCAGAAAUCCAUUCUUGCUAUUUGAAAUGGUACCGGGACUUUUUCAUAGUGCCUCAAAAUUGAGACGCAUUGACCUUGAUUUGGGUACCACGGCUCCCGUAUUUACAAUUGUCGACAUUCUCGAAGCAUGCAACAAUUUAACCGAGUUGGCUCUUUCAUCCGCUGUGACCAUCAAUUCGAUAGCAGGGAACUUCUCAAGAAGAUCCCGUCCUUAUCAAUUGAGCAAACUACAGCUCACGUUCAGCAAUAUCUCAGCACAGUACGUUCGGAAUUUUUUAUGCUCAUGCCCACAUUUACGACGCCUGGCCAUCAACGUUAUACCCCUUUUAUACAAGAACAUGGGGACACUCAAAGUGCUUCGCAUGGAUAUGCCGCUGUUCUCAGGAAGUCAAGCAUUGCAUGUAUCCUAUCCACAGUUCAACUUGAGCAAUCUAGACAAGUUGAGCAUUACCUUGACUUCCGAUACACAGUCGUUUAUGCUAGAUGCUAUCCGAAAUGCAUCCAAUCUGGAGAGCUUUUUCGUGGUCAACCCACCCGACACGAAUCUUUUGGUCAACACCAUUCUGACGAGGAGUCCGAGGUUUCCUCUUCGAAAAUUCGGUAUUACCUAUGAGCAAUCCUACCACGAAGCAACAGCAGCCUCUAACCUACACCAACCCAACAAUUGCGUACAACUGCUCACAUACUAUGCACAAACAUGCAGAAACUUACUGUCGUCUACGUCUCCACCUUUGCUAAAAUCUGUGUGCUUUCGCCGUUAUCCGGGAGUAACCGAUGCCACACUUGCAGCAUUGACGAAAAUUGAAACAUUACAGCACGUUGAAUUUCAGUAUUUGACCAAUGUAUCACCCUCGGGCAUUUACUCGUUUAUUACUUCCUCGGUUGUUGGCAACGGUCUGUCAAUGAUCGACCUCGUAGGACUUGAUCAAAUUACAAGCAAAAUUGCUGGAUCUCUUGGGUUGCUUAAUAAUGUGAAAAGGCAUGUGAUACCAGGUUUUCGAUUUUUAAAAGAACCUGUCAAGAAGUAA